AUGGACUACGUCAAGGAACGCAACCCUCCCAGAGGUCCCUCUGACAAACCUCCCAGAGGUCCCUCUGACAAACCUCCCAGAGGUCCCUCUGACAAACCUCCCAGAGGUCCCUCUGACAAACCUCCCAGAGGUCCCUCUGACAAACUUCCCAGAGGUCCCUCUGACAAACCUCCCAGAGGUCCCUCUGACAAACCUCCCAGAGGUCCCUCUGACAAACCUCCCAGAGGUCCCUCUGACAAACCUCCCAGAGGUCCCUUUGACAAACCUCCCAGAGGUCCCUUUGACAAACCUCCCAGAGGUCCCUCUGACAAACCUCCCAGAGGUCCCUCUGACAAACCUCCCAGAGGUCCCUCUGACAAACCUCCCAGAGGUCCCUCUGACAAACCUCCCAGAGGUCCCUCUGACAAACCUCCCAGAGGUCCCUCUGACAAACCUCCCAGAGGUCCCUCUGACAAACCUCCCUUAGGUCCCUCUGACAAACCUCCCAGAGGUCCCUCUGACAAACCUCCCAGAGGUCCCUCUGACAAACCUCCCAGAGGUCCCUCUGACAAACCUCCCAGAGGUCCCUCUGACAAACAUCCCAGAGGUCCCUCUGACAAACAUCCCAGAGGUCCCUCUGACAAACAUCCCAGAGGUCCCUCUGACAAACAUCCCAGAGGUCCCUCUGACAAACAUCCCAGAGGUCCCUCUGACAAACCUCCCAGAGGUCCCUCUGACAAACCUCCCAGAGGUCCCUCUGACAAACCUCCCAGAGGUCCCUCUGACAAACCUCCCAGAGGUCCCUCUGACAAACCUCCCAGAGGUCCCUCUGACAAACCUCCCAGAGGUCCCUCUGACAAACCUCCCAGAGGUCCCUCUGACAAACCUCCCAGAGGUCCCUCUGACAAACCUCCCAGAGGUCCCUCUGACAAACCUCCCAGAGGUCCCUCUGACAAACCUCCCAGAGGUCCCUCUGACAAACAUCCCAGAGGUCCCUCUGACAAACUUCCCAGAGGUCCCUCUGACAAACUUCCCAGAGGUCCCUCUGACAAACUUCCCAGAGGUCCCUCUGACAAACCUCCCAGAGGUCCCUCUGACAAACCUCCCAGAGGUCCCUCUGACAAACCUCCCAGAGGUCCCUCUCUAAGCCUUUAG